CUGAAGCUAAGCCCGGCCCCGUUUUUUCCCUAUGGCCGAAGCUCCCUUUGCCGGUCUCCUGCAGCGGCGGCUUGCCGAGUUAACGGAGAGGCUGAACCGUUGGCGAGAAGGCGGAGAGUUUGGCGAUGCUUUCUUAAUUCAGGCCUCUACUACCCUGGAAAACCUAGCAGAAUUUUCGGAAGAAUCCGGGGACAACUACACAUACUCUAGACUUAUACAACUUUAUACACAGGCGCUAUUAGAUAUCACAUAUUUUGAAGAAAACCAACUUGUUGAUGAAGAGUUUCCAGAAGAAUCCUCUCUGCAGAAAGUUGAGGAACUAAUUGGUGCACUUUCCGAGCCAGAAAACCUGGUCAAUGAAAGUGGUAUUUUCCAAGAACCGCUUGAAGUACUUGGAAUUGAGUUGCUGGAAUGCCUUUAUUGGAGAAGAGGAGCUUUGAUCUACAUGUUUUGCCACACAGUUAAAGGAAGAAAGGAAUGGCUGAGGAAGGAGACUGACUUACUUAAAAAGUUCCUUAAGGAAGGAAUCCAUUACUUGAUAAAGAUGCUUGAUUUUAGAUGUUCCAACAACCCAAAUGAGGAAUUUGUAGUUCAAGAUACAGGCACAGCUAUAUUGGUCAAUGAAGGUAUUUUUAGUGAUACUCACCUGUUGGCAAUGAUGUACUGUGGAGAAAUGUGUUACUGGGGGCUGAAAUACUGUGGAGAUCAAGGCACAGAACUGCAUAGAGAAUUGCCCGGCAGUUCAGAAAACAUCAUCAUGGACUUUCAGGAAAUUGGAGAGAAAAUGUUAACAAAAUAUAUUACAGUGUGUGAAGGACCUUUAAGAUCACAUGGUUGGGAUACAAAGAAUGCAAAGCGCAUAUUGGAUUAUUUUAAACAAUUGUCAUCUUAACUCACAUAAGCAAAUGGUGCAUGUACUGAAAACAAGUAUUAAAGUGAAGAAAAUUAUAUAAAUUUAUGAAGCAUAGGUGUGUAUCUUUUAAAAUGAGCUAACAAUAGUGUGCAUUUCUUGAUUUCAAUUACUCAGAAAUUGUUGGAUCUGUAAUACAAAUUACUCUGGAAUAAUUUCAUAAGGGUUAGUGGGUAGAGAUAGAUUUUAAGUAAGAGGCAGUUAUGAAUUGUACAUGGCUCCUCCUAGUGCCUACUCUUUUUGCAUUCCCAGGAGUUCCUGAAAUAAUUAUGAGGGUUGGGGAAAACUGCCAAAUACUUGUGCUGCAAUUUUCUGCCUAAUUUGGGCAGAAAAGGUUUGCUUAAAGCAGUGUCACUUUUUUGAGGAAAGAAAUGGAUGUCAGAAAGGGAAAGAGCUGAAAAUGUGGUCCUUAAGCAAACUUGGUCUCAUUAAGCAAAUCAAUUGUCCCCAAUUGGUGUCAUUUGCCAGAAACUGGAAGUAAGUCUCAGAAACCAGCAAAAAUAUUGCAGCCAUGGUCAUGUCAUUGUGGCAUGCUGCAAACAGUCAUAAAGGUGAGCUGGUUGCCAAGUGCCCGAAUGACCACAGGAGCUGGGACAGGCAUGUGUGGCCAUCAUAACUUUGAACCAUCAUUAAGUAACCAGUUAUAAACCAAGGAUUACCUGC